UGAGCCAACGUGUUGUGUGUACAGACCUUCGUUCGCGUGAUGUUGUGGAAGUCAGAGCAGUAUGUGUUGGAUAUUUUACAUCCGUCUUCGUUUUCUUCUUUUUUCAUUUGAAUAGCGAUUCAGCUCGUUUCAUCGUACGGGUUUCUGCUUUGUUUGUGUUGGUACAAUGAUGCCCGGUGAGAAUCAAUCCAAAAUCGCAGGAAUCGCCUCAGAUGCCACUGCGGGAACCUGUCAAAACUGCGCUGCUUUACAGCAGAACGUGAAUGAAUAUGUGGCAGCAUUGCUGUCUCUGAAGCAGAAAGUAAUUGAUACAGACCACCUCUUAACGGAAUAUGAAGCAAAGUGUGAUGAGCUUCAGAAAUGUCAAAGGGAGUCCAAUGAACUCCAUAAACAGCUGGAUGAACUUCUGGAUAAAAUGGUACCACUGGAAAAGCGGAGCAAAGAAUAUGAAGUACUGCGGUCGGAGCUGGAGGAAAAGAAGAGCACCCUGAAAAUGUUCGAGCAGAGAUCUAUGGAAGUGGAUGUCCUCAGGGACGAAAAUUCCAAGACUGUGGCUCAAAACAUGAACCUUGAAACUCAGCUAAAAAAGCUGGAAGAAACGACAGCCAAGCAGAGACAAGAAAGUGAAAAGCUUAAAAUGGAGAAAAAGGGUCUGGAAAGAGAGGUUCAGAAGACGCAGAGCUCUUUAAAGCAGUACCAGCAGGCCGCCAGCGAAGCUGAGAUCUUUAAGGCGGAAAACACUAAAAUACUUGCAGAAAAAGAAAACCUUGAACAUCAACUACAGAUGUUUAAAGACUCAAGCGUCAAGCAGAUGUGUGAGAUCGAGCAGCUGAACCUGGACAAACAAGGGCUGGAGAAGAAAGUGUGGAAGGCAGAGAAACAUGUGGAGAAACUGGAGUGGGAAAAACAAAAAGAGACAAGAAGUGUGUCCGUUCAGACAAAUUCCCCUAGAGAACCAACGGUUGAUAAAUCUAAAGUUAAGUUGCUUUUGGAAGAACUUUGGAAGUGUGUAGAGCCACAGUAUCAACAGACCUCGAAGCUGUUAACCUUUUCUGAUGGAAUCAACAUCUCCAGGGAGAGCUCUCCAAAAGAGCCACUUAGGAGCCCAUUUAAAAUCCAGAACUGCAGAUCCCCAUCAAGAGGCUCUUGCUCUAGGAUAUCAUACUCUGUCAGUGCAGAGAAGGAAGCACUUGAAAAGUUGAAGAAGAGAGACAGGGCCUCAAAGGAGCACUUAAAUGCCGUGGUCACUAUGGACGGAAGGUCUCUGCUUCCAGCUCGUGAAAUUGCCAGUGUAGAUCUGGGGUCCUCACCUCCUGUGAAAGAGAUGCCUGUGGAAACGGAAGAGGCCAGUUUAGAGGAGAUGAUGGACUGGUUCAGACCUCUGCCUUCUCUUUUAUCGCCAAUUUCUUCACCAUAUAUCAAGGAAGUUGUGUUUGGACCUGUGUCAGAAUCAAGCGAUGAUGAGGAAGAAGCAACAUCUAUUGAAAAAAUGGGAAGGCCUAUUCAGAUGCUUGAUGAUGGCACCGAUGUUCCGUCGUCUAUGAAACCUAAAUCCACAGAUCUUCAGCACUUGAGUUCACUUUCUAAAGACCAGGCUGUUAAGCCAACAUCUGUUUCACAAGAGGAUACAAUCAGUACAUUGGCAGAGUCGCCUAAAAGUCCUUGUGCAAAUGAGUCCAUUUCCAGUGGGAAAAGGUUUGAUCAUCUUGAAACAUUUUCAAAUGAGAAAGUCCUGAUGCUAGAGGAAACUUUACAGCAAGAUAGUGGAAUUCAUGCAAUACACGGUUCUGAUGAGACAUUCUUGGGUAUCCUUCCAAAUGGACACAAAGCAGAAGACCACAAAGACAACCCUGCGGUUCCAGCAAGCACCUCAGAGUUGUGGCUGCAGCGCAUGGGGAACACGGAGUACACAGAUAGCGAUAAUGAUAUUGUGAUGGAGCUGUGUACUCCCCUCAAAGUUUGCCGUGUGAUCAAUGAUCCUCUGGAAGACGUCUCCAUACCUCUGGCACUGUGCAAGGAAGUGGAAGUCAAGCAAUCUGCAAAUGAAACGAUCGGGAUGGGCGAAAGUUCUGAGAAUUUAGAAGAGGGCUUGGCUAUGGUGACAGAGUUAAGGGGAUCUGAAAUGCUUUUAGAGGGUGGCCUGAAGCACAAGGAAAACGGAGUCUGCUUGAAUGAGGUCUCCCCAGGGGAUGAUGCUGCCUUACCAAAUGCAGAUAAUGAGACAAUAGAUACAAUCCAAGCGAGAAACUCCUCUCUUCAACCAAAGCCGAUAUUUACAGCUGCUAAUGAAAUUUCCCAACCAAGCAAUGUACCUUUCAAUAAAGAAGACGGACCUGAUGAUAAAUUAGAGCAUUUAGAAGUUUGUGGUGUGGUGGAAAAUGGCAUUCCUGAAAAGGACAGUGCAAAAAUAGAAUCAGGAAAAUCAGAUGAAUUAUUGGCUGAUGCCCUUAAAUUGUCUCCUGGUCUAGGUUGUUCAUUACAAUCACAAAAGGUACCUGACUCAAAGGAGGCUGCUAAAGUAGUCCAUGAAGAUUGCGAAGCCUCCUGUGUAGGACCUUUUGGACCUGACUCAUCUCCUGUGCAUAUAUCAGUAGAGGCUACCUCAGAGGACUUGUCAUCAAAUAGCGAAUCAUCAGAUGAGUCCUUCAAGCUGCACAGGAAAGCUAAAAUGACGCACCAGCGCACCAGUAGCCAAAUUUCUUCUGAACCGAUGAAGGAUCUGAGAUCUGAAACAAGAUGGAUGACAUGUGAUGAUAGGGAAACGAUACAUGGCUCUCUAAAGGAACACAUAAAUCAUGCACCAUCUGAUGAGCAAUUUAAGGCAGAUGGCAAUUUCUCAACGAUCCUCGAAAUCAAGAGGACCAAAAGUGAUCUGAAGAACUGUGCUAGUAAGGCUGUGGUGAUAGAAACUAAUUUGGUCUUGGAGAAUCAUGAGAUGGUAAAUUAUUCUCAAUCAUCAUUGGAAGGGGUGAAAUUACAUGACCAAAACCACUCUGACAAAGUUCCCUUACAGUCACAGGAUGAAGUGGCAGAUGGAAGUUCUCUCAGUUCUUCUGCAGGUACAGAAUGUAUCAUAGAGUCAGCACCAGAUUUUCAGAGGGGAGAUGAGGAACCUGAUAAAACUGCAGCUGAUGAAAAGGUAUCCUGUAGAAGAUGCGAGAGCAUAAAUGAAACUUCUAUUGGUGAAAACAGUGAAGGGUUUUCUGAAAACUCUACCCAGAAAGAAACAUCGAAGGACUGUAUUGUUCCUGGUCACAUGUCACAGUGUUCUGAUAAUGGACAAGAAGUAAUGAAGGUGAACAUGAAGGGUGAAGAGUCCAUCAUACCAAACCCUUCUGUGCAAGUUACAGAUGCACCAGGUAUUGCAUGGUCACCAGAAUGCAUAAGGAAGGUCAGAUCUGAAAUGGGCCCACCACUUCCACCUCUGCUUCCACCGCUUACUGCAACUCCUACAAAACCACACACUCUUGACUCUUCCUCAAGUUUUAUUCCUGGCAAGUUGUCUUUUUCUUCUCCAAAGCAUGAGUUGUCCUCACCUCGGCAUGGGAAGGUGAUACCUCCUCCUUUUGCAUCUCCGUUUACUGGUGGACCAAAGGAAAUAUCUCCAUCUUUGGCCCCUCAGUCCCCUUCUGACACAAAAUGUGAAAGAAUACUAUCAUCUCCAUUGCAGUUCUGUUCGGCGACUCCCAAGCAUGCCGUUCCUGUCCCUGGUAGGUUUCCCCCUUCUGCUUUGAGUACAUCUUCUGCAUCCCCUACUGCAACCCAGGAGAACUCUGUCCGAAUCCUCGACACGAUGUAUCCUGAACUGUCUGCUCGAGCUCGGACCCUCAACAUUCUGAGGGGGAACGUCACUCUUAGCAGACCUGUGGCCGAAAAUGGAAAGGCAGUACCUGUUCCGGUCAACCAGAUUACAGGUUACAAGUCCAUCAAUUCGUCUUCCACCGCCUUCACUAAAACCGGGAAAUCUUACGAGCCUGACAGUUGUAGUGCCGAGGAGUCGAUGGAAAAUGCACGCAAACUCAGUUGUUCUUCUCCCCGUGAAGAAACAGGGAAAAGACCGGGAGUAAAUAUGCUUUUGCCGGUAAGUGCCAAAAGACUUCGGCUGGAAGAUGGCACCCAAGCUACUCCCAGCAUCGCACCUCCGACUAGGCCUCUCGGGGACCAAGAAAAGCUUCAGCAAGUCACAUCUCAAGUGCCUAAAGAAGACUUGCAGCCUGAAUGCCCUCAGGAUGUCAGUGUGGCGAACAGUACGGUGGAAAUAAUUUCAAAGGCUUUGACAAAAAUCGGAACGUCCUGCUUCGAUGUAUUGCCAGUGAUUAGAAGCCAUCUCAAAAUUGGGAGGAUUUCAAAGGUGCCAGUGCUGAGGGAUGAGGAGCGUGAAGUCAUCCGCGAGUUUUGUGGCAUUAAUAAGUCUUUGGCAGAUGAGUUCCUGUCUGCAGUCUUGACAAAGAUUAAGACUGAAAAGGACACCCUUAGCGGGGACCACCUGCAGUGUCUCUGUAGGGUCUAUACAGGAUUAUGUCGGCAGAGAGAUGAAUCGGAAAGAGUUCAUCUCCUUGUCUACUGCAUCUUGAAAGAAGAUUUCCCCGAGUCAGCAAAGUUAAUUUUGUUCAUCGUGACAACGUGGUACAACAUUCUAUUCCCACACUCGGGGAUCGUGUGCAAUGCCAUGCACGCAGUGAUUAAGGAUCGGGCGGAUGGGGAGGUCCUGGAAUGCCUUACCAAGUACCUUGGCUGGGAGACGAAUCCUCCUUGUGACAUUGAGAAGAUUAUUACGAAAACAUUAAUGCCACUCCAAACGGGAGUAAAUAUGACAUUCCAGCAGCAUGAGAGGCAUGGAGAUGACCUGAACCGGGCAGCUUGGGAAUACGUGUAUGCAGUCGAUCUGCUGUGCACCCAGAAGAAGUGGAACUGGACAUAUGAGAACUUAAUAUCAAAGGAACUUUGGCCUAUUAUGAACAAGUGGGUGACACAACCAAGAAAUCAACCACCUGGCAUUCCAGAUGUUUCUGUAGCAUCUGUUUUAAGAUUAAUUGGACGACUUGGCCAGUUGGGAAUUAAGGAGAGAUCCAUAGUUUCUGUAAGAAACGUGGCAAAAGUGAUCAACACCUUCGGCAGACAUGGACAAAAAGAAGGUGUGCCGUGGGCGGUCCAGUUGGCGGCUGUCUACACGAUUUACGACUUGUCGCCCUGCAACCCUAAAGAGGCCAUGGAGACUCUGGCGGCGUGGCGCGGGGAAACUACGCGGCCCGUGGCCCCCGCAGUCACCAGCUGCAUCACACAGCUCGGAUCCAUCUGCCGACAAGUGAAGUCGUGAGGUCGACUCGUCUGAGGGACGUACGACAUCGGCUCCCUCGAAUAGCCCAUAAACGCUAUAAAACUAACUGCAUUUUAAGCUCAAACCAAACUGCUUGCCGUCUUGCCUUCUUACCGGGCUUUAGCAGAGUUGCCAGUUCACUAUCGUUGUUGAUUUUGGAGCUAGAAAAUCAAAGCCAUGUGUAUAUAUGUCAAAACCUUGAUCAUUUCAGUUGUAAAUGUUUUGUAAAUGUCCAGUCCUCCUUGUUUUGUAUUUUCUUUUAAAUAUUAAAAGCAGUAUCCAUUGUGA